UGCUUCUCUCCAGAACCAGACGAGCUCCAGUUCCCAGGCUAGGUGGGUGCCAGCUCCUCUCAGGCUGGAGGCUGGACAGGGUGGGCUGGGGUGGGGACUGGUAGCCCAGGGGUCUGGGGCCCAGAUGGCUGGACGCACAGCUGGGGCAGAGGCAGGAGCCACGCCAGGGCUGUGGCCUGUGCACGUUUGAGGCGUCUUCCUUUAAGCCAGGCACAGGUGUCUGAGGGGAACAUUGCAGAGACGCAGCCUCCAGGUUCCCCGCCUUCCAGGCAGCCUUAGAGAGUCCGGGGCUCCCCCACAGCGGGGUCUGGGCAGCCACCACCCUGCCUCCCCUUUCUCACUGAGCCAUGGGGCGCCUUGUGUUCCCUCCAACCUGGCAGGGAGGCUGGGGCAGGGGGGCCUGAUCCAGAGACCUGGCCCCUGGGCUGUGGGCAGGAGGGUGGAAGGAGGCCCAUCAGGAAUACACACAGGCCUCCCCUCCCAGGGAUGGCGCAGUCCACAGCAGGAUUUCUCCAGGGACCCCAAGCCUGGCUGGGACAGGGGCCUGGGCCUAAGAUGCGAGAGCUCUUCUGAUGGGAGGGAGGAGGGUAACCAAGCCCAGCCUCCGCCUGCCCUUCACGGCCCCUGUGACAUUCCCGAUUGCUGGGGACUGACUCACCCCCACUUCAAAGGCCUUAAAUAGUUCAGCUAUUUAACCUGCCGCACUGUGCCGUCACUCCGGAAUUCUGCUCUGCGGGAGCUGAGGCCCCACCUGCAGACCUGCUGCUUACCUGGGCAGGUGCCUCCUCCCAGCCCAUCUGCACAGCCGGCCUGCGGAGCCCUCCUCAGGGGCCAUUGGCCCUCACCUGCCACCGUUGAAGGGAUGCCUGCCCCUGCUGUCCCCACCUCAGCCAUGGCCGUGCAGGUGCCCCUGUGGCACCACUACCUUCAGGCCAUCCGGUCGCGGGAGGCGCAGCGUGCCCAGGACUUCCAGCGUGCAGAGAACGUGCUGCUCACGGUGCUGGAGCGCGUGCAUGCCCUGGACCCCCGCUUCAUCGUGGACUACUCCCGCGGCCUGGAGGCCUUCCAGUUCGCCUUGCGCUCCUCUGAGGACCCGCUGGACAUGGAGGUGCCCCUGUGGGUGGAUGCCGAGGCUCUACUGAUUGAGGAACCAGAGGCCACCCAGCCGGAGGAUGGCCCUGAAUUAUGCCGACUGGGUGUGCCCAGGGAAGGGGCUGGCCUGGAGCGGUGGACCACCGACGAUAUCUUCACUGCCUCCUCGGAGGGUGAUGCCAAGUGCCGUGGACACAUUGUGCCCAGCAAGGUCCUGUGUGUCCUCAAAGACUUGCUGGUGGCAGCCAUCGUACACUGCAAGCACCACAGUCUCAUCAGACCAGGUUCGCUGAACGCGGCCAGCCUGAGGGAGGAGCAGCUCCACCUGUCCUUGCUGGUGUCCAGCAGCUGGAGAACAAUCAACUUCCGCGUGGUGCCCGUGGUGAGAAGGAAGCUUGGGGCGCCUGCCCUGGAGGGGGCCCAGCAGAUGCCUGGGUUCCCUGAGGGCAGCUUGAGAAGGAUCCUCAGCCAAGGGGUGGACCUGGUGCCGGCCAGCACCCAGCUCUGGAGGACCUCCACUGACUACCUGCUCACCAGGCUGCUGGGGGAGCUGGGCUCCCUGCAGGGCCAUCACCUGGACAGCCUCUCCAUCCUCGACCGGGUCAACCACGAGAGCUGGCGAGACGGUGGCCGGACUGACGGCCUAACCUUUGGCCACCUGAAGACGGUGCUGCUGUGGGCCUCCGUGCUCUUCCCAGCGCCCGAGGACUGGGCAGAGCUGCAGGGCGCCGUGUACCGCCUGCUGGUGGUGCUGCUCUGUUGCCUGGCCACGCGGAAGCUGCCCCACUUCCUCCACCCUCAGCGCAACCUGCUGCAGGGCAGCGGCCUGGACCUCGGCGCCAUCUACGAGCGUGUGGAGGGCUUCGCCAGCCAACCCGAGGCGGCCCUGCGCAUCCACGCCACCCACCUGGGCCGCAGCCCCCCGCCGCGCAUCGGCUCCGGGCUCAAGGCGCUCCUGCAGCUGCCGGCCAGUGACCCCACUUACUGGGCCACUGCCUACUUCGACGUCUUGCUGGACAAGUUCCAGGUCCUCAACAUCCAGGAUAAGGACCGGAUCUCUGCCAUGCAGAGCAUCUUCCAGAAGACCAGGACUCUGGGCGGUGAGGAGAGCUGAGCUGGGCCACCUGGUCUUGGCCACCUGUUCUCGGCUGCCUGACAGACUCUGCACUGCACCAUGGGAGGCUCCUGGGACAUUUGGAAGAAGGAAUGGGCUUCUCAUUGAGGGGGACAGUGGAGGGAUUUUGUCCCCAGGAGUGGGCUUUCAGAGUCUUUCAGUGCCUGGUGGGGCAAGGCAGCCCUCUUGGAGCACCUCCUCCCUGGGUCAGGGCCUGGAUGCAGGUGCCAAACCCCACAUAGUGCAUGUUGACCCAGCCACGUGGUGUUGUUAAGCAAACAGCCUCGGCAGGAGACCUGGAGCUGAGGGCUUGGCCCUGCCUGCACUGUGUGCCAUUCCUUGGAGAAGAAAUGCUGUAUAUUUGAUCUUGAAAAAAUGAAUGUGCUGGGUAUACCCAGCAGAAAGGGACUCUC